CGUAAAAUGUCAAAGAGUUCAACGCGUACGGCCACCAAAACAAACCCGAAAAAUGAAACACAUCGCAAGGCUAUCAAUUCGCCUGCAACAGGUGUGGGCACUGCAACAUCGAGAAGCAGCUCGAAAAAAGUCAAGCAACAGGACAGUAUUGAUAGCGAAAGCCUGCGAAAAGCCACAAAGACUGCAAAGGCAACAGUAACCGCAACAACCACCAAAAAACCGCCGCCGUUGCACACAAGCAAAAACAAAGAGCGUGAGGCUGUUCCUCAAACGAGUAAACGAGCAACCCCAUCGCCCGCAACGAAGGCUACAAGCACAUUGCGUGCUGCCAAACAACCACCAGCCAGUAAAGCCAAGACGAAUGCGGUGCUGGACACUUACCAUAGUGUGACAGUGUCAUCGCCACCGCAAAAGCGCAGAGUGCAGCCAAAACAAGCAACAGCUGGAGCAGGGCCAGUGGAUACAGUCGAGGAGGACAGGCAACCACCUCGUGCGCGCUCCUAUUCACGCACCCUGCAGCCAGAGGAAGUAGUUGUGCUUAAACGAGAGUCGGCCAAGCAGCGAAGUGAACUGGAAGUUCUAAAGCAGAUCAAACAAGUGAAACAGCCCGUUGCAUUUGAGGUAAACUUUGAGGCAGCUAAAAAGCAGGCAGUGGAAGCUAAAAAUGAAUUAGAUAAUUACUCCGACGAUUUUGAAUCCUAUGAAUCGGAUUUUGAGACGGAUGCAAGCACGCCCGAAGAGGAAGAAUUGGAGGAGGACGAGAUUCGAGUAGCAGAAAGUGAAGAGGCAGAGUUGUUAGCAGCGGAAGUCAGCCUGACAGUUGACUCAUCUGACGUUGAUGAUGACGAAGACUCAGAACCCACACAAAAUCCCAUUACUGUCAUUCAGCGCGACAAGGAGCUGGAGAGAAAAUUGGAUUCAGGCCACUAUGACAUGCACUCACGCCGGCAGCCACGUGCCGCUGCGCAGCAGCCAUAUGACAGCUUCGAUACCAACAGCAUGGCCAAUUCUGACCAGCUGGACUCUGGCAUUAGCAGCUAUGGCGUGGCGGCAGCUCCGGAAGUGCCCAUCGUUCGUCAGUCGACAGCGGAUGUGCAUUACGGCGGCUACGUGGAUUUCGUGGCGCGACCUGUCAUCACCAGGCGAGGCUUAGAGCUAAUGCGCAAGUUGCGCUUCGAUCAGCUGGACUACCAGCUCUUCGAGAUGAAACCGCUGAGCUAUGAGGGCUACAUGCAAAGCUAUGGCAAGCUAAAUACCUGCCAGCUGGCCACACAAACGCACUCCCAGCACAUGGACAACGAAUGCCAGACUCUGGAGCUGCACAUGCGUACCAGCUGGACACAGCAUCCGCCGUAUUAUGGCAGUCAGCUGGUUCUCAGCUGCAGUGGAGAUGCAGGCAGCGAGCUUGAUAUGCUUUCAGCACAGACAAAUGAUCCAUUUGAAAGCAGCUUGGCGCGCUUGGAGCAGCUGCGUCAGGCAGAACAACAUCGCACUCUACAACAGCAACGACAGCGUUUGGCCAAGCCCAACGACUUGGAGCGCUUGGGCGUCUUUCUGAACAAAGCAUCUCUGUUGUUGGGCAAAGUACUCAACACCAAGUGUCCAACUCGUUCGCCGCGCCAUGUGCCGCUGUUGCAGACCGGCCUCCUUAAUGCGCUGCGUGUGCGUCGCAUCUUUGGUAGCUCCGGGCAGCAGCAGCUCGUAGUCACGGUGCACGAAUGCCCACCGCAGUCCGAUGUGUAUCGCGAUGAUUUCGCCAAUCUACUGAUGGUGUGGUCUCUCACGGAUCCCAGCAAACCGCUGCGUCUGCUCUCCACCUGGGCAGAGGUGUGUCGCGUGACCUUCUGCAGUGAGGCUCCCGACAUCAUUGUUGCUGGACUACGUGACGGCAGCAUGGCCAUGUGGGACCUGCGGGAAACCUACAGCUACUGCUCUAAGCUUGAUGGCAACUUGACACAUUUUGCGGCCACUCAGUCCGUGGUGCCCAAUAUGGACACUAAAGAGUUUACUGCCUUGGAUCUAGGUGCCGUUGUGGAAGUGCGCAGCUUUCGACCAGCACCCAAGUCAUCAGGCAUAGGUCUGGAAAGCAGUCUGGCACUGACACACAAGGAUAUUCAGUACGCAGCGCUUAACGAUUCCGGGCUGCUCACUAUUUGGACAUUGGUGGAAAGUGGACUGCGAGGCUACGGAGCAGGCAGCCCAAAUGAGUACAGCUCACCCUGGGCAAGGGUGAAGCUGCUUCAAGCGGCUAGCUGCGAUCUGCGUGGCUAUCUGGAACGCCGCUUGCUGAAGCGAAACCAAACCGCCUACGAUAAGACCAAGUCCCUGUUCCAGGGCAACAUCUACAGUGACGAGCUGCUGCGCGAGUUAAACGAAACGCAAACACUAACGACUGCCUUCGCCGGCCAAGGCUUGCAAGGAUUACGCUUCAGCAGCAUCGAUACAGGCAGCGAUCUCAUCUACGUGUGCACCAAUCGUAACUUUGUGCUGUGCUGCACGCGCAGCCUCAAACCGGAGCGCUUCACACGCAUCGGACUUCAUGAGAGUCGCUUUCUAUUUCCCACGGCGCUUUGCGUGCUCGCCAACGAGUACUUCGUGGCUGUGGGCUUGUCGAAUGGAUCCGUCAUAAUACUCAACUGCAAUCAGCGACAGCGUCAACGUCUGCAGCGGCCAACAACAGCCAUGCCGCAGCCAACUAUUGAACACGAGCCCGAAACGGGCAAAUCUUGCGCCAUACAAAACAUAAUACUGAACGAGCGACGCUCCUUUGACCAAAAGGAGAUAGAAAGCAGCGCCAGCGGUAACUAUGAUGCGCGACCGAAUACCGCUCUGCAGCUGCUGCAGCAGCCGCGCCGCUCCUACGAGCUGCUAGUCUUUGACCAACAGCUGCUGCUCAGUGGCAGCGUCUUGCGCCAGCAUCUUGUUCAGUCGCUCGUUCAGUCCAGCGACGGUUGGCGGCUGUUUGCCCUAGCUAAUGGCUCUGUGCGCACCUACGAUUUUCAUUUGGAUCGCGAACUAACCGAUGCUGGUCUGGAGAUUAGCUCACCUGUUGCGGACAUUGCUGCAUCAAGCAGCUCCUCAACGAACCAACAAUUGUUGGUGCUUGCGGCUGACGGAAAGGUGCACAUGCACUCCGUCAACUUGUAGUUUGUUAAAACAUGAUUGUUUAUUUUAGUUCAAAUAAUUUGAGCAGCAGUGAAAUAAAGUUGUUUUCUUAUCCCUACUCAA